CUCACCCGACAAAAACAUCCUUAAAUCUCGUUCUUUUCCAGUUUUUUCGAGCUUCCAAAACACUCCGCCGGCCGCCGUCGCCGCCGCCGCCGCCACCCACCGGAAGAGGCGGCCGCCCAUGUCGAGGCCCAGCGCGCCGCCCACGAGGCUGGGGCCGCCGCAACGGCCGCUCCACAAGCAGCACUCGUGGUCCCCGGAUGUGCUCCGGGAGGAGGCGUGGCAGAGGCGGAAGGGGAGCUUCAAGGGCCGGCGCCGCUCGAGCGUGACGGACGACGACCUCGACGAGCUGAAGGGCUGCAUCGAACUCGGGUUCGGGUUCAACUCGCCGGACAUCGAUCCGAAGCUCUCCAACACCUUCCCGGCGCUGGAGCUCUACCAUGCGGUCAACAAGCAGUACCACAAGAGCUUGUCCAGGUCGUCGUCCGUCGAGUCGUCGCUGUCGCUGUCGUCCCUGGUCUCGGACAACGACGCCGAGAGCACCAGCGCCAUAUACGAUCCAGGUGAUGAUCCGGAGACGGUGAAGACGAGGCUGAGGCAGUGGGCGCAGAUCGUGGCGUGUUCGGUGCGGCAAUCUCCGUCGCCUUCCUCCUCACAUUGAUCGGCGGCAUCGGAGGAUACCAAAAAACCAAGUGUUGUAUAUAGGAAAUUGAUAAUACAGAUAGCCCGAGAGGUCUUGAUUUGAUCUUCUCAGUCAAAAUUUGUUCGAUAACAUUCCCUUUUCAAUCAAUAGAAAAACUCCAACGACUUCAUUCU